AGCAGCCGGCUGGAUGAGCGUGUGUUUGCCAUGUGUCAGCUGAAGCAGCAGCCGCUGGUGUACCUCAUGAUGAUGGUCCAUCCGGGCCUGUACCGCGUGGAUGAGCUGACAGAUGAGGGGGCUCUGAACAUCAGCGAUCGCACGAUUCCUCAGCCCAGAGCUCUUCAGCUGUCUGUGGAGAAGCUGAGCAAAGACGCGGCGUUCCUCAUGGACUGUGGCACAGUCAUGUAUCUGUGGGUCGGAAGAAACUGCAGCCCGGUUUUCCUCACAGAAGUGCUGGGAGUGGAGAGUCACGCUGCUGUUCCUCUCAACAUGAACCAGCUUCCAGAGCUGGACACGGCUCGAUCUUCACGACUGCGAGCGUUCGUCGACUGGCUGAGAGAACGCCGGCCGUGCCACGCCGUCCUGCACGUCAUCAGGUCAGAAACACGCUCCAGUUCAGAGAUAUGAGAUAUGCCGGACAGAUGAAUCCACAUUCUCCAUCAACUGUGCUGAUUGUUUCAGGAGCAUUUUACCUUUUGAGGCCUUUUUUACUAGCCGUAUAAAAACACAUCCAUUUAUGUCACAGAUGAAUUAUAUAUUUAUCGAUCAUUUAUAUCAUCAUAAUUCAGGCGAAUCAAUUAGCUGAGAUAAAUUCUCAAUCUGACCAUUUAUGGCUGUUCAUCAAAACAACAUCAAAUGCAAAAAUCUGUAAAUAAUGCUACGUGACGUUUUAUGAUCAGUCAGAAAAAUUAUGUAAAUAAUUUGCUGACCGACACCAAUUG